CAUAGGUUGUGGCAUUGUGCAGUGUCUUGAGGGCACAAGAUGGCGUACUGGUACAGGUACAGUAGCAGACCUUGCACAAUCCCACAAAUUUGACUCCCCCGGCAUCACGACCCCUCGCUUGGUCGAAUCCUUCCCCUCUUCAUCCCACUUCGGACUCGCCGCCUCUAAGAAAACAGCCUUUGCAAGCCUUUGAUAAAUAAGAGCAAACGCCAACCUGCACACUCUCCCCUCUUCUCCAGAUUUUGGCAAUCAUCCGCAUCCGCAUCCAUACCGAUACCGCGUCCACCUCCGCAUCCGCAAUCAUGUCGUUCAACAACAGAAAGUUUAGUAUGAACCGAAGUUCGGGGGUUCCUCGAGAGUCCACUAGACUGAACAGACGAUUCAGCACCCACGAACCCUCAUCCAGCGGUCAGUAGCAGUGUCCAGUAUCCAGUCUUGGAAUUCCCUCAUCUGUGCCUUCCUCUGUCUGUCUAUUGUGGACGUUAGCUGUAUGCUAUGCUACGCUAUGCUGUACGAGUACUGGUCUGCCAAGCCGACUACUCGUACACAGCUAUGCUACGCUACGCUACGCUACGUUACCAGUACUUUGGACUUGGGUUGUCGAUGGCGGCUCAACGGUAACGACCUGCAGGGUCCACGCCAAGAGACCGUCGGUGGUGUUGCGAUAGCGAUAGCUAGUAUUAGUCCUAGCUCUCUCAACCUUUGCUGAUUACUUAUUCUACAGAAACCAACUCCAAGAUUCAUCGUCAAUUUCGAAAUGCCCACGAAGGCCACAAAUCCCACGCCGGUCUCGACCCCACUCGUGCCUCCACCGGUGUCAUCUGGUGUACCGAGAGAGCCUACGAACAUGGUUUCUUAGAUGAACCAGAGAAAUGGGCCAACUUGGGUCAAGGUGCUCCAGAAGCAGAGGAUGAUAUCGAGGGUAGUUUUGAGAGACCAACUUCGAUCGAUGUCACCAUGAAUGGAAGAGAAUACGGCCCGACCGCCGGUAUCAAGGGCCUUCGUGCUGCUGUGGCCAACCUAUACAAUGCUCACCACAGAGAGGGCAAGGAGUCACAAUACAGCUGGGAGAAUGUCUGUAUUGUUCCUGGUGGAAGAGCUGGUUUGAUCAGAAUUGCUGCUGUUUUGAACAAUGCCUAUUUGGGAUUCUUCAUUCCGGAUUACACGGCUUAUAACGAGAUGUUGUCGCUUUUCAAGAACGUUGGUCUACCCCGCCUCUUCUUAAUUCAUAACUAACAAGACAAGUUCGCCGCAAUUCCCUCUCCUCUCGCAGAAGAUGAUGGCUACCAUAUUCACCCCGACAAGAUCGCUGAGGAGAUUGCUCGUGGUACCUCCGUUAUCCUUACCUCGAAUCCUCGUAACCCGACUGGAAAGGUCGUUAAGAACCCUGAGUUGGCUGAGAUUCAAGAUAUUUGCCGUGACCGUGCUACAUUGGUUAUGGACGAGUUUUACGGUGGAUACAACUACACCAGUGACUGUGAUGGUACCUCCAUCAGUGCCGCUGACAAUGUUGAGGAUGUUGAUGAGGAUGAUGUUUUGAUCAUUGAUGGUCUCACCAAGCGCUUCAGACUUCCAGGAUGGAGAAUUGCGUGGAUUGUUGGUCCUAAGGUGAGAUAUAUUAUCGUUAAUAUAAGAGCCAAGCAACUGAUUGAACCCUAGGAAUUCAUCAAAGCUAUUGGCUCUUGCGGAUCAUACCUUGACGGAGGAGCCAACGUCCCCUUCCAGGAAGCCGCUAUCCCCAUGUUAGAGCCCACCAAGGUCCUCGCCGAAAUGAAAGCUCUCCAGAGACAUUUCCGCGACAAGCGAGACUACGUUAUCGAGCGUCUCCGCGGUAUGGGCUUCAACAUCAAGACCGUCCCAGACUCCACUUUCUACCUCUGGCUCGAUCUCGAGGGUCUUCCACCCGCCAUCUCCGACGGAUUGAACUUCUUCCAAGCUUGUCUUGAGGAGAGAGUCAUCGUUGUCCCGGGUAUCUUUUUCGAUUUGAACCCCAGCAAGAGACGUGAUCUAUUUGAUAGUCCUUGCCAUCAUUUUGUCCGCUUUAGUUAUGGUCCUAAGAUGGAGGUCUUGAAGAUGGGACUUGAUGGGAUUGAAAGGGUUGUGCAGAAGUUCAAGAGUGGCGCUGAACCUACGCAGUAAAUGGGGUUACUAGAGUAGAUAGAGAUGCAGAUACGCACGUAUAUACAGGUGCCGUUUGGUAAAAAUUGUUGAUAGAAAAUUGAGAAUACUAGAUUUUUUUGAUAUGACAAGAAAU